GCAACUUAGAGCUCAUGAACUUGAUUUAAGCCCAUCCUUGUAUGAAUAAAAGUUGAUCCGCGCCGUGCCCUAGACGUAGAUUUUACAUACACACAAUAUACGGUACGAAAUACCCGGUGAAAUCGAUCAAGCGUCAACUGCAUAUUACAUCCUUACCCGUGAGCCGAGGAAGCGUUACGUCAGGAGAUGGUAUGUAAGGUUCGGGGCGAUAUCGCUAAACCACUGUAAUAUGCAUUCGUUCGCGGUCUAUAUUAUGACAAGGUUUUAAAAAUUGUGUCUCGGAACGCCGACGUUGUCAGGUGUGGACAGGUGCGUGGCCGGUCUCAUGGCGGAGUUGUAUAAAAAGACCCUCAGCAAAUCUCAAGUGCCCACCUACUUCCACGUGCCAUACGUCGAGACUGGGUACCGAUAUCUCUACCAGCCAUGGAGAUUCUAUCUGUACAGCGUCUUCUACAACAACAUGGAAACUCUCAACGUCUGGACUCACGUGGUGGGUACGCUAGUCAUGACGUCACGUCUUUAUCAGAUCUCCGUCACCUUUGACCUAUUUGACCCGUACACGUGGCCCCUCCUGGCUGCGGUCAUGUCUUUCACGGUUAUGUUUCUGACGAGUAGCGCCGCUCAUAUGUUUUCUCAUAAGUCAAUGGAUGUUAAUUGUUGCAUGUUUAUGGCUGACUUUGCGUGUACUGGUCUCUAUGGUUACGGGACUAUAUUGACGCACUACUAUUAUUCCUUGGAUCAGUACUUCCUGGAUUCCGUUCUUCUUAGAAAUGUGUUUUACUUCGGGUCAAUUCUAGCCGUGCUUAGUUGUGCUUUUGGAUCCAUGUCCAAAGCCAUUGUUCACGAUCUUCAUUCCAGAAGACGAACGGCUUUAAUAGUUUCCGGUUUAGGCUUAAUCUACAUUCUAUCCAAUUUCCCGAUCCUACAUCGGAUGUGGAACUCGGAGUGGACGGAGGGUAUUGCCCACCACCUCAAGCAGAUGAUCAGUAUGAUCGGCGUCUGCUUCUUUUAUUCUACUAAAAUUCCAGAGCGCCUUUCUCCAGGGACCUUUGACUUCAUCGGAAACAGUCACCAGAUUUUCCACAUCCUUCUUGUCCUCUCUACACAAAGUCACGUGGACGGCGUCGUCUGGGACAUCAAGUUCCGACAGGCAUUCGUAGUGCCUCGGCCUCCACCCUCAUUGUGGAACACCUUUGGCAUCAUAGCGCUGAUAUGUGUGGCAGAUCUAUUGACUGUUAAUUAUUUCUAUUCCACCUUUAAAAGACAAACAAUAUGUUCCAAGACCGAAAAUUAAAUCAACCUAGACUAGGAGGAUAUGUCCGUUCCGGGCGUUGAUCACGUGCUACAUUUCUAGUCAAUCGCCUCCUUAUAUAUAAGAAUUAUUGCAGUACAAGUCACUUAACAUCGCAUUUUAUGAAACACUAGAAUGGAGCAGCGUAUCGAAAUCCAACAGGACAAUCAGAGUGUCCAUUUUUCUUAUACAUUUCUGCACCUCUCUAAAAUAUUAUGAUACAUUGAUGGAACAUUCUGUGCCAGUUCAUUUUACACCAUUCAGAUACUUGUCCUUGAAAUAGAUCUGAAGCCAUUCCAAUUACUUGCCAAAAUCAGUAGCAGUAGCAUACCCGGUAUUUCAAAGGUUCGAGUCUUUCACAUGUUAUUAUGCAAUGCACUGUUAGAAUAUUUAGGUGUGCACAACGAAUUGCCUAUAGAUUUUAUGAAGAUUAUCGUAUGAGAUAUACAAUCAGGGUGAUGUUUUUUAUCUAUAUAUAUAUAUAUAUAUAUACUUCUUUUUAUUACUUGUUGAUUAAAGUCUUAAAAUUGCG